CAAAAUAUUGAUCGAAAAAUAAUUUGAAGUUAUGAUAUUUAUUAUUUACUCUCUUAUUUCGUAUGCCUAUAUUAAAUAUUAUUAUUGCACUGUUGUGCGAUUGAGCUCAUUAUCGCUUAGCUACUCGAGUUCCUGUUUACGUUCAUAUGGACGUAGUGUGAUUGUUGUAAACGCCACAUAAAUAUAUCAUCAUGGACAAAAUAUUGUACAUCGUCUCGGCGACGCAUUUGGUUCUCUGCCCGUUCACCAAAGUCGAAGAGAGUUUCAACAUACAAGCAAUGCACGACAUUUUGUACUCUAAGACUAAUUUAUCUCAGUAUGAUCAUUUAGAAUUUCCUGGUGUUGUACCAAGAACAUUUUUGGGUCCACUGUUCAUAUCAAUGUUGUCACUUCCAUUUGUCUCUGUUCUUCAAUAUUUUCAGUUCAGCAAAAUGUUUAGCCAAUUAUUAGUUCGUGCAGUAUUAAGUAUUGUAGUAGUUACAAGUAUCAAAUACUUUAUUAAAAGUAUUGCAAAGGUAUUUGGAAAUGGUGUUGGAAACUGGUUUAUAAUCUUAACAGCGUCACAGUAUCAUUUAAUGUUUUAUUCCAGUCGUCCACUCCCUAAUAUCAUGGCAUUUCCUUUAGUAAUGGUAGCACUAAGUUCUUGGAUUAGAGGAAAACAUACAUUAUUAAUAUGGAGUUCGGCGAUUGCUGUUUUAAUAUUCCGUUCAGAAUUGGUUAUUUAUCUAGGUAUUAUUAUACUGAUGGAGUUAUUAUAUAAGCGUCUUAAACUAUUCAGGGGACUAAAAAUUGGAUUUUUGGCGGCAGCAACUGUUUUGAGUGCAAGUAUUGUCAUUGACUCUAUAUUUUGGGGUCGUCCAGUAUGGCCUGAAGGAGAAGUAUUGUGGUUUAAUACAGUACUCAAUAGAAGCAGUGAAUGGGGUACUACACCAUUUUUAUGGUACUUUUAUUCAGCAAUACCACGGGGCGUUGCGUUUUCUAUAUUGUUAAUACCCUUUGGUGUGAUAUACGAUGUUCGAGUAACGAGACUUCUUAUUCCAACAUUGAUGUUUGUAUUGAUUUAUUCAAUAUUGCCACACAAGGAACUUCGGUUUAUUAUUUAUGUAUUUCCAGUUUUAAAUGUAUCUGCUGCUACCUGUUGCAAUCGAGUAUGGCGAACUAGAUUUAGACCAAAAGGAUUCAAGAAUCUAAUUGCUCUUGUAUUCUGUGUUGGUCAUAUUAUUGGAAAUUUGGCUUUUACAGUAAUUCUAUUGAGUGCUGCAAUUAAAAAUUAUCCAGGAGGCCAUGCGAUGACACUAUUGCACACAUUUGAAUACAAUCAUCUAGAUGCUAAUUAUACAAUACACAUUGACAAUCUUGCUGCACAAACUGGAGUAACUCGAUUUACACAACUCAGUGAUCAUUGGAUGUAUAGUAAAAAAGAAAAUCUGAAACCAGGAUGUGAAGAGCUUAUGUCGUUUACACAUUUAAUUGUUGGAUCGAGUAGCCGAGAUAAUGAAGAAAUGCUACAUUACCGAAAUACUCAUGGUGUCAUGUCUACUGUACCAGGAUUUUCACAUAUUUCAUUUAACUAUAAUACUUUUCCACCGCUCAAAAUAAAAACUAAAACACAAAUAUUUUUGUUGAAAAAAAAAUAUAUUAAAUCAGGUGUUAAGCAAAAUAUAAAAAAAAUUGUUGAAGAAUUCAAAAACGAACAAGAUCCUGAGAAAAAGAUUGAUUUAAACUUAGAUUUGUUAGACAAAAGUACUAAAAGAAAUAAAAUAAGCAAAAAUAAAUAAAUUUAGUUUUUGAUAUAAUACAGAUAAACUUAAUUGAACUUUAUACAAUCAUACACUUAUACCAUAAAUCCAUGUUAGAAUAAUAAUAAAAAAAUAUAUAAAAAUAAAAAGUACCUGUCUCAAUAAAGUUGUAUCAAUUCAAAUAAUUUUUUUUUUUGUUUUGAUUUUGUUCUUUCCUACAUGGAAAAAAAUAGCAACAUUUUUUUUCUAUGGCUUAAUUUGAAAAGGAUAUUGUUAGUACAAUUUCAUAAUGGUCUGUAAGACUGAAGUAAAAUGACCUAUGUUUAUAAAUUAAUUGUGUAAGCAGCAUUUAAUGUACUGUAUUCUUCCUUAAUUUCUCGUUUAGCGCUAGAAAAAUGUAUACAUUGAGAUAGAUUUUUUUUAGAUCCAAGUCUGAGACUUAAAUUGAUUGUUUGACUAUGACUAAUUAAUUUUAAUUUAAAAUAUAUUCAAAUUAUUUUAUUUAAAGUUUGAGUUGAAUUAAAUUCCUCUUAAACUAAUAAAAACAAAAUCA